AUACCUGAUAAUAUCAAUUUAGUGGAUUUCAUCUUCCAAUAUUUCGAUGAAUAUGGCAGCCGGGUUGCUGUGGUUGAUGCUAAAACUGGCCAUUCCUACACUUACGCUCAAAUCAGAGAAUUCACAAUAAAGCUUGCAUCGGCUUUAUUGCGUCUAGGAUUAAGUAAUGAUGAUGUCGUUGCAAUUUAUGCACCCAAUAUUCCUGAAUAUCCUAUCGUAUUUUUUGGAACGGUAUUAGCCGGUGGUACAGCAUGUAUAGUCAAUCCGGCAUAUUCCGUUAAAGAAUUAACUAAUCAGCUAGAAUUGUCUGAAGCCAAGUAUAUCUUUACCGUGAGUGCUUUCCUUGACAAAGCAAAAGAAGCAGCAGCAAGAAGAGAUAUUUCUAAUAUCUACGUCAUGGAUAACAUCACGGAUAGCGAUAUUACCUUGGCUCAAGAAUUAUUAGAAGAUGAUGGCAGUCGAUAUAAAAGUAAAAAGAUCAAUUCUUGCGAAAAUAUAGCGGCUAUAGCCUUUACUGAUGGUACUACAGGCUCACCCAAAGGCGUUAUAUUAACUCAUCACAAUAUCAUCAGCAAUGUUAGCCAAGCUGCUGUACGGCCAUUCUUUACAGUCGAUGAACAAGAUAUCUUAUUGGCCUUGAUACCAUGGUUCGACAUCUAUGGUAUGGUUGCAAAUCUCUUGAUUGGUUUACGAUUUGGAGGCAAACUUGUUUCCCUGGCCGAAGCUAAUACAACAGUCUUUCUAGAAACAAUUCAACAACACAAGAUUACCAUUGCAACUAUUACUCCACGAAUUGCAGCUUCGCUAUCCAAACAGACAUUGACUGGCAACUUUAAUGUUAGCAGUUUGAACGACGUUAUUGGGGCAGCAGCUCCUUUAGGUAAAGAAGCGCAAACAGUAUUGGGAGGUAAUCUGGGUGGAUCAUAUCGACAAGCUUACGGCUUAACUGAAUUAAGUCCCGUAGUAGCUGUUGUGCCUUCAAGCAAGGCAAUUAUUGGCUCGGUCGGUAAACUUGUUCCCCAUACGAAGGGAAAGGUAGUAAAUAUUGAAACUGGUGAAGCUCUACCUGUUGGCGAAUCAGGUGAAUUAUGCUUUAAAGGUCCUCAAGUAAUGAAAGGCUAUUUAGGAAAUCAGGCUGCUACUGAAUCAGUUAUUGAUGAAGAUGGAUGGUUACAUACUGGAGAUGUUGGGUAUUAUGAUGAAUCGGGCAAUUUGUAUAUCGUUGAUCGCCUGGAUGAAUUCAUUAAAUAUGACGAUUUCCAGGUAGCACCGGCUGAAUUAGAAGAGGUUUUAUUAACUCAUCCUAAGGUUUCCGAUGCAGCUGUUAUUGGGAUUCCAAAUAUUGAUGGUGGAGAGCUUGCCAAGGCCUUCGUAGUUAAAUGUGAUAAUGAUAUCACUGAGAAAGAGUUGGAAGAUUUUGUUGCUUCAGAAGUAGCUGAACAUAAGAAAUUAUAUGGAGGGGUUGAAUUUAUUGAUACUCUGCCUAAAUCGACAGGUGGCAAGUUAUUGCGUCGUCGACUGAAA